AUGACGCCGCCUUCAACGGCGCCCACCCAGUGUGCGGCUGCUUCUGCGCUCAGCAGCAGGAAAGGCGGAAAUGCUAUGCAGCUCAGUUCCUUUGGAGAGGUGCCCUUCGAGCUGGUUCCACCCCCAAACCAGGUGUUCCGCGUGCUGGAGCAGAGGAGUACCAGUACAAGAGGUCACAACAGCUCUGUGGUGCGAGUUGGCUGCUACGUCGCAGCACAGCGGGGGCAGCAGCAGCAGCAGCAGCAGCAGCAGCAGCAGCAGCAGCAGCAGCAGCAGCAGCAGCAGGAGCAGCUCGCUUACCGAGGUGAUUUCGAGGUGCAUAUAGCGGGCCACGAUGUAGACGAAGAUGGCUACUUUGAUUUCUUGUGCUGCAGCAGGAGCGGCAAGGCAGUGGCGCUGUGCUGCUCCCGUUGCUGCUGUGUCGCUGCAGUGCCUCCUCUGCCGCGGACGGAGCACAGCGCCAGUGGUGUUGGCUUCCAGUCCCGCAAGACCACUGGAAAAGUGCUGCUCAGCGGUAGCCUGGUGGAGCAGCCAACGCAACGAGCGCAACAACGCACAUUUGUUCAGGUGUCUUUCCACCCCUUCUGCGACUACGCAGUCACGCUGCUGACUCACGAGGCCCUGCCCGAGACGGCCAUCACGCCGGCUACAGCAGCAACGCCUACAAAACCAACUGCGUGCUCCACUCAUGCAGUGGUGCGGUUGUUUGAUGUCAGCUCCAGCACGCAAAUACCUCAGCAAGAAAUACUUCUUCCGCCGAUCGCCGAUUCCGGCCUCCUAGCCUCUCACUUCAGCUUUGGUGCUGCGGCUGAACGCAUCGACUUGUGGACUGCACUUGCUCUUUUCGUGUCUUUCCCACGCACCACAGGCAGCUGCCUCUGCCUCACCCCCUUUCUUCCAAACCGAGCCGAACUGCCGCCUGCGCUAGUUCUGCAGCUCCAAGACGCCUCGCUGCACUAUCAAGUGGUGCAACAGAUGUGCAUAGGCCAGGAGGGCAGUAGCAGCAACACGCAAGUCGGGGAAAGUUGUGGCGUACGAACGGACAUGCAACAGGAAGUUUUUACGUGGCUCAAGGAUCGAGCACGGGGCAGCAGUACCACAGAGACCAGCAGCAUGCAGCAAGAGCUUCAAGCGGAACCCGUGCAGCUAGAAAUACCGCGUCCUUCUGAAGACAUAUCAGAUGAACUUCACAGCCUCACUGAGGCUGGCCUGAGCGGCUUUCGAUGCCUCCCCGUUGUUCCUUCGCCUGUCUCUUCCCCAAAUCUUUUGUUGGCUGUUGCUUAUGCGGAAGGUAAAGCCACAACAGUAUCGGCAGGAGCGGCGCCUCAAUCAGAACCAGCAGCAACGCGUCUGCCGUUGCUUUUCGCGCUUGAUCUAGAUGCAGCUGCUCCCAUCCCCGCACCAAAGCACUCACUGAAUGGCAACAGAACGACAGGCGCUCGGCAGCAGCUCCAACUUGAGCAGGAUCAAAAAUGUGAGAUACACCUGCAGGCUGCCGAGGCAGUACGUGCAGCGUACCGGCAACAGCGUCAGGCGCUGGAUGAACUGCGCAGGAUGCGUGUGGCCGCUUCUAAAGCAGCAGCUUCCGCUGAGGCGGAGUCAGCGGGAAGCAGUAGCCGGAAGGCAAGGCGAGCAGCUGCGGCCGCUGCGGCGGAAGCUGCCGUUGCGGCUGUGAAGUGGGUAGAUAUUGCCGAAUCCGUAUUCCUUCACGAGGAGCGGCAGCAGCUUCGUCUGCUGCAACAUCAAGCUUGGAGAAUGCUGCAGCGUAAAACAGCCAUAUUGCAGCAUCAGCUAUUACUGCAAGCGGACGAAGCAGAGCGCAUGGAUCUUCAGCAGCAACUGCAACAACAAAGGAUUUCAGAGCUUGAACGGCAGUCGGACGAGCUGAAGCGCCGCUGUGACUCUGUAGCGACGCUACUUGGUGCUACUGCAGCUUCCCUUCGCCGGCAGCAGCUGGCCUUGACCGUACCACAACACGGACUGCUCCUCCAGCUGCUGCCUUCGCAGCUCUUUUCCCGCAUCGAUGCCGCAGUCAUGCAGCGGGACGCUGAGACGAAAAAUACAGCGCAUCCCACAGAUGUCUCCUCGCUCUUACGGCUUACUGCAGCAGUUACCGCCCAGAUGCUUGUCAUUCAACAAAGGCAGCAGGAAUUGCAGCAAGAGUUUUUCCUUACUACUGCUUCAGAGCGUUCUUCUCUCGAACAGUCUUCUUCUACGACGUAA